UUUCACGACAAACACACAAUCAGUCAGAAGUCGAAACUGCGAGUUGGGAAAUCGCUGCCCGAAGAAAAAAAAAGCGUAGUAGGAAAAUUCCAGAUAUUCGUGCGUGCGUAAAAUAGUACGGAUCGUGAUAGCCCGUGAAAAAAAAAGCUCCAGAGCCUCGCCAGCGCGGAAAAGUGGUCGAAAGUGUCGACGACGCAAAUUUUUUAACGCAAAAGUAGUGCAAAAAUCAAAACGUAGGAAGACAUCCUCCUAAAAGAAGAAAAAGAAAAUCCUCGACCAAAAAUCCGUGUGCCCGUUUCCUUCCCCCCCGGACCGUUGCUGGCGAAGGCAACAGAGUAGUACCACCGCGAGAACCUGCUACCAGAAAAGUGGCACCACACGAAGCUACGGAAGCAGCCGCGUAAAAACAGGAAUAAACUGGAGCUUUCGGAACGUGCGUGAGGACCGGACCUGCUUCCUCUCCCACCCUCUCUAGGAUUGUCCCAGCGAGCUAGCAGCAUCGACCAUAAAUGAUGGCCCUCAACAUUGCGGUCCCGCUGACGACCGUCGCCGACCUGAUGGACGGCUUCGGGCUGCUGUCGCCGAUCUCGCCGCUGAGCGUGGACUGCCGGGGCGUGAUGGCGGCGGCGGCCGCGGCAGCAGCCGGAACCCACAACAAGAGCAAGCAGCAGCUGGUGUCGCCGGUGGGCAGCGAGUCGAGUGGCGUCAGCUCGCUGGACUCUGACGAGAUGAAGAAGUCAACCUCGCCACCGACAACUCCAACGGAGGAAGUGGACCGUCCCGCGGCCAGCUCUCCGCUGCCAUCGGAGGCGACGACCAUCGUCGUGCAGGACUCGUCGCGCAGCAGCUCGGAAUCGUCAGCGAGAUCUUCGCUGUCGUCGUCGUCCGAGAGCGAAAGCAGCAGCGGCGCUUCGUCGGAGCAGGAGAGCAGUGAAGAGGUGGUGGAAGUGGACGAGCCGGAGUUGCCCGAGCCGCCCAAGGAGUGCAAGCUGGUGCUGGGCGGGCGCGACGUGCUCAACCUGAUGGACAACCUGACGGCGCCGAACCACUUCCGGCUGCAGUUUGCCCAGCUGCCGGAGAACGACAACAUCCACUUCUUCCUGGACAAUCGCUCGCAGUACCACCGGCUGGGCGCGAACGGCCACAUCCAGGAGUACACGAUGGUGGGCUGCAAGCGGUGCGACUUCCGCUACCCGGUCAACGGGACGUCCCUCACGAGCAGCGGCCCGACGGCGACCAUGGGCCAGGGCAGCUUGGCGGCCGCCUUCCCGCAACAGCAGCCACAGCCGCAACAACAACUCCAGUGGAACAACUUGAAUAGUAUUGCCAACAGUAGAGAUAAGAUGAACGCCGCCGCGGCCAAUGCAUUUAACAGCAAGACGUUCGGCAAUCAGUAUUUCCGCAACGGCGGAGGCAACAACGCAAUCGCGACGGCCCCUCUUUUUGGAAGAGAUUCCAACCGCGGAGGCGCCAACUUCCUCGGCAGCAGCAGCACCGGCACGUACAACAACCACAAAACAUAUCAGCAGCAGCAGCAACUCCAAAACAACUUCAGCGGCGGCAAGUUCAACAACUACCAGCAGCAGCAGUUCUUCUCCAAGAACCAGCAGGCCCAGCUGCGCUACGGCCAAUCGAGCGGAGGUUUCAACGCGAUGGCCGCUGCCCUCGCCGCCAACCAGAGCCUGGCCAACUUCAACGGCAAGGGUUCCGCCAACAACAGCAACAUGUUUGCCUACUACAAGACCAUGAUGUAAGGCGCCGUGCACGUGAGUAUUCCCUCUUUGAGUUGCUUUGACGGCGCACGCGGCUAUUGUGUGGGAAACCGCGGCGAAAAUUUCCAACGAAACAAAAAUACGCGUUUUUAUUACUUUUUAUUACGGAAGCGACAUUAGGCAAUUAGCGAAGGGAGCAGGAGUCGAGUGUGGUUGCUGAACCAACAACAAACAUUACAUAUUUUUUUGUUUACCUUUACGAGAUAUUUAAACACUGCAAGCCUACAAAAUCGUUGUAACUAUUAUACAUAAAACCCUCCCGUGAAGGCGCGCUCGCGCGCGCGCUCAGGCAGAUAUAUUUUUUUAGAAUAAUUGACCUUUGCUUAAGAAAAUUUAAUGUUGAAUUUUAGUUAUUUAUUAUUAUCGACUGUUUAUUUCCAAUCAGAAUCCAAAAAGAAGAAGAAAAACAUUGUUAAAAGCUCUUAACAUUUUUAUACUAUCAGUGCUAGCCGUAUUUAAUCACUCUAUUUUUUUUUCUCUGUAUGUGUCGAAUUACCCCACGAAACAAAGCAAAACAAAAACGAAAGAAAACAAUACAAAAGAGGGCAACCAAUUAGUGAGUUAGACAAGCAAAGCAAAAAAUCGACCAGUUUUCGUCCUAUUUUGUGUGAGAGGAGAAAUAUCAUGAUAGAAUGUUUUUUACCUUAAAAAAAGAGAGAAAAAGAAGAAGAUUUAAAAUUAGCACGAGCAAGGAUCUCAUAAUAGUCAAUCACGCAAAACAAAAAUUGAGUUUAAGAUCGAAAAACGUCAGGCGAAACGCGCGAAACUGUAAGUUUGAAAACGUAAUACUUUAAUUAUACCCUAAUCACUAACAUAAACACACACACACGCAAAACAAAAAAACGGCACAGCCUUGAAGUAAAGCUAGAAAGAAAAGUGAAAAUAUCGUUUUCCAUCCCAGAAAUCUUUUAACAGUUAGGAGAAUAUCGUUUAAAUCUGUGUGUGUGUUUGUAUUUUUUUUAUUACCAAAUGCGAAGAGAAUUGCGGAAAAAGCAGAGGCGGCUGGAGAGCGAUCUAGCGAGAUACAAUAAAGUUAAAAUGUAAACAACAGUUUUUAUUGCACGUGGGAGGGGCUCACCGUGAGCGGCAAGGUUGUUGAUCGAUGAAGAUUGUCGGCGAACCUCGGUAAUUUCAUCGGUGGUUAUAUUAUGAACUAAAAUGAACCAAACAAAACAAACCCUUUGAAAAUGUCAAAAACUGUCAAAAACAGAAUUGGUUUUUGGGAAAAAAGCAACUGGUAAGAAAUGAAUUUCAAGCGGCAGCAGAAGCAGCGAAAACAAUCAAGAAAAAAGGAAAGCCUUUAAAAACGAACCUUCUUCAUAUAUUCUUUUUCAUGCUGUUCGUAAAUCUGUUUCACUAAUUAAAAUGACAAAAUUUGGGUUUUCCCUUGUUCAGAAGGUAAUUUUGAGCCACUUUUUUUCUACAAAAAUCUUUACUUAUCUUGUUUUAUGUUUUUUUAGUUUUUAGUAUUUUUAUUUGGAUUUUGCUUGUUCAGUUUAUGUUUGUUUCCGAUAUUUUUUCUUUUUAGUAUUUUUUCACCAUUCUACCACUAAUUUAACAUUUUUUGCGCGUUUUUCAAACUUUCUGCAAUAUAAUGAUAUCAUUACUGCAAUAGAAUGAUAUUGUUACGUCGAUUCCGUUAUAUUUAAAUAAAAACACAGCAAAAAUUAACCCCUGGAAAAAAACUUUUAAAAAACAUAGGCAAAGUCACAUAAAACAAGAGUCAUAUUUCCAAACCUGGAAGCUGUCGGUUUUUUUUUAAUCUCAAUGUUUAAAAUUUUUUAAUAUGGAUCAAAAAAUUUGCUUUUAUUUAUAAAAAAUCCGUGCUUUCAAUUUUCAAUAAAAAACUUGUGUCCUUCAAACAAAUAGUAAAAAUAGAAAAGCUGGUAAUUUGUGAUUUUAUAUCUGGAGUGUUUUUGGAAAGGUAUAAUAAUAAACCAAAUUUUUAGUUUUUUACUUUUUGGGUGUUUUUUAAUACCUCUGACUCAAGGCGGUUUCAAAAACACCCAAAAAGCAAAAAUUGGAAAUUUGGUUUAUUGGACCUUUAAAAAAAAAAAAAAAAAAACUCCAGAUGUGUAUAAACUGUGUUUUGAACAAAAAUUUGGUCCAAUAAUGCUGUUAUUUUUGUUAUUUAUACAAAAGCAUUUGUUUGCCAUUUUUAUUGCAUAUUUUUAAAAAAUAUCACUGUCAGUAAAUACUCAGGAAUGGGUAAAUGGAGCAAAUUGUGUCAGAUUUGAAUGAAAUUCACUUAAGGAGGUAUUAGACUAUGACAAAUAGAAAAAAAAAACAAACUCGCAAACAAAGCAAAAUCUAUGCAGGCUGACGUUUCUGCGAACAAGUGCAGGCAAACUGUCAAAAAGGGCGAUUUUGUUUGUUUAUUUGUCAUAGUCUAAUACCUCCUUUAUUCAGCUCUUGAUGAAAGCAAGCACCAUCGCCAAAGUUGUAGGUUGUGAUAAGGACUUUUCAUAAAACAAAUUGUUUUAUGUUUUAGGAUACUAAAAUGUAUUUUUUGCGCUAGAUUUUAGAAUAGUGUAAAAUCUGGUAUAGAUUUAAUGGUGUAGAUUUAAUUGUUUGAAAAAUUGAAUUUUUUACAAAUAUUAAAAAUGGCCAAACAUUAUUUUAAAAAAAAUCUUAUGCUAAACCAAAUUUGCAAUCGAAAAUUACUUUGCAUAUUUUUAUAUUGUGCAAGUUUUUAUAUUUAGGCAGUCUCAGUUUUAUUUAUUUAUUUAUUUAUUUUCAAAUGAUCUUUUUUUUUAAUUUAAAAAUACCUACCUUUUAAAGAGCUGAGAAAAUUCCUUAAUUUUGUUUUAUUUUUUUGCUUGUGGGUCGAACUGCUGAUGGCCUAGAUUAAUCCUUCAAAAGUUCAAAUAUUAUGAAAAUAAUGGAUUUUCUCAGUGUUACUAAAUACGCCCAGUGAAAAUUUGGACUCAAGCCUCGAGUCGAGCUCGAGAUCGAGUCAUUGGGCGUCCUCUUUUUACAACUCGCGAUAUCUCGGAAUCUAUUGGUUCGAUUUUCAGUGUCAAAAAUCACCUUUGUUGUAAUCGGCAUUUUAUAGUAUUUUUAUCAUAACUUUUAAACAACAGACAUUUGCUUAGAAUUUUAUUCUGAGUCGAUAAGUAUUAAUGAAAAUGGGUUUAGUAGGUCAAAUUGAAAAGUUAAUUUUUCGAGUGAUGUUAUAGAGGAUAUGCAGCAAAGCUAAAAGACACAUGUCGCCACCUAUGAACAAAAGCGCCGGAUUCGGAUGAUAAAAAAUAUUUCCAACAAUUUGGUGUACAACUUUCCAAUAUUUGUUUGAUUUUUUUAUGAGAAAACUGUAAAUUUAGAAAAAGAUAGUAAUUUGGACUAUUUGGCAAAAAAGUCUGUUAAAAAUCAAUAAAAAUUGUUGAAUAUACGUUAACACAUCUGUUAUCAACUAUAUAACUGUUUAUUUCAUUGAUAUAUACGGGGAAACUCAUUUUUUCGUGUUCCAAAACAUGUUUUUUAAAGAAAAAGGUCAUAAAUUUUUGCGCGCUCAAAAAAUGAUGUUCAUUAUUUUAAAGCAAAAAAAUUUUCUCGUCUUUUGCAACCAGUUUCAUUAAGAUUGAUGCAGGGAACCAUGAGAAAUAAGCGAUUUUGUUUUUCAAUCCGGCAGAAAGGCAUACGCUUUUAGGCAAGUAACCUCAUUUUGGCGCCACCUACAUUUGAAACACAGUCGCGCUGCAAAAACUCAAUAGCCUCUCCUCCGUGAGUAAGGCAAAAACAUUUUUUUUCCUUUAUAAAGUAUUUUAAAUUGCAAAUCAUUGACAUUAAAAAAAUAAUAAAUGUCUAACUUCAAAACGGUGCACCUAUAAUCAAACAUGUGUAAAGUCAUUUUGGAUUGCAAAUUUAAUUCUGUAUCGAACACUAUUUUUUGAUAAAUUUGUUUGACAAUUAUUUUCCAAAAAUCAAAUUUUAAAAUGCUUAUUUUGAGAGUUCAAAUUUUAGUGUAUAAAACUCAAAUAAAACAUCAGUUAAUUGUUGUUCCGCAUACCUUUUUAUAAAGUCCUGAUCAUAACCUACAAUUUUGCCGAAGACACCAAGUCGAUCAGUAAAUCUCUUUCAAGAUACAAGUUUUUAAAUAUUUACACGCCCAUUUUGUAUGACCAGCGCAAAAUUGUAUGGAGCCAUAUAUUUAUCAAUAAUCUAUUAUUAAUAUUUGCAUUAAAGUAAACUCAAAAAUAAAGUAUAAAAAUUAGAGCGGACAGCCCUACUGCGUUGUGUUUACCGCUGAGAGGAUUCUGUGAAUUGAGCUUGGGAAUAACUGCAUAAUUCAAACAAGAAGUUGAGAAACGAUUGUGACAUUUUCAAUGUUUUGGACUAAAAAAAAACGAAAGUUAAAUCAAAUUUGUAAAUUAUUGCCGGUGAAAUAAUCGUGAUUCGAUGACAACGGCAGCGAUACCGCCAUCGUCAAAAUAUCAUCAUUACCAACCUUGGCUGUAACGAAUAAAUAAAUGAAAAAAAAAUCAAAUAACAACCAUGUGUGUUUUGAGCUUUAAACAAACGAAACGAAGCGCGCCAGCUGUGCAUCUUAUCAGUAAACAAAGUAAGAAUUAGUAAAAAAAAAAGGUAGCAUCAUCGUGAGUGUACGAAAACAAAAAGAAAUCAAAUAGAUAAAACAACAACUGUAUUAUUAGUAGCGAGUGCUCACGCCCACGAGUCACGACGAAUUUCCUUUUUACCCUUACAAACUUACACACCAAAUAGAAAACCAGAGUCAACCUAAACACAAACACACACCCACAGAUGUCGGUCGUAGAAAUGAGAUUUCAGCUUACUUGCCAUUUUCAGGGACUCACAGAAAAACCAAUAACAAAA